CCGGGAUCUGAUACCAAUGUUCUAUGUGACCAUGGUUUCUGGGUCUCAGGCCCUUGUCAGUGCAGGGUGAGGGCUGGCAACAGAACUCAAGGCUGUUCCCACCCAGAUGGUCCCUGAGGGUUUUCUCUUUGUCUGUAGGUCUGUUACUAUCCAGGGCAGAUGCUCUAUUCUGAUACUAAGGACAAGAGGAAACAGAAAAUAGAUACCUGCAAAGCCUCAUGAAGUCGAAUGGCUCCAUCAACCAGUGGUCCUGAUAUCCUGUAGCCUCAGUGCUCAUAGGUGACUCCAGCCCAGAGCUGCCUGGGCCCAGUGGAAGCCUCAUCAGGACAAAGAGGAGCCAUGGCACUGGAGACCUCUGUCCCCUCACAAAAGCUCUUCUCUUUUUCUGAACUGGAGCUGUGAGCCUGGAAGGGCCAGGAUUAAAUAAAGCCUUUGUCCCUCAGUCCCCAUCAGCAUGUUCUGUCCCUGCAGCACACCCUUCUACCCUGGCCUGUCACAUUGGAAGGGUCCUCAGAGAACAUCUGCUCCUGCCCUGUCCAGGUCAGGAUGGUAAAUUGAGGCUUAGAGGGAAAUAUGGCUGCCCAGCACCCAGCAGGUGAGGGGAUGGCCUGGGGAGAGAGGCCAAGGCAGGACAGGCCUCCAAUGUCAUCUUGGGAACAAGAGGCCCAGCACAGCUACCCCUGGGCUAUCAUCCCUCUCCUCCUGGCAGAGAAUUCUGAGAAGAUGCCUCUGGACUCUUCUGUCCUCUCUGCCUCUGACGUCUGCAUUCUCCCCAGAGUACAACCCCACUCUAUGUGCUAUCCUGUCUCUUGAUAGGGAACUGAGGACACCCUUCCCCUUGCCACAGGCCAGGGUCGACCAAGUGCUGGGGACCAGGAGAUGAGCGAAUCUUGGCCUUCUCCGCAAGUCCCCAGUCUACCGGUUGGGAGAGCUCCCUGCAAGUCCCUUCCCCCAGCUCUGAGGCCAGAAUGCAGCACAGACCACGUGGUCCCCAGCAAAUCCAACUGGUCUCAAGGCUCCCGAGACUCUAGCUCCCCGUCUGAACCUGCUCUGCUGGGCCCUGGCUCCAACUGGCCUCGGGCAGCCAGCGGCCAGAGCCUCCCUCUUGGUCCAGCUCUGCCUGCAACAGCUUGCCAGUCCCCGGGUGGCUCCGGUGAUCCUGCAUUGUGCCUCCAGCCCCUGCCAGCCGCUGAAAUCGCACAGGCACUCAGCACAGGCCCAGCCUCCAGGAAGACCUCGCGCUGCGCGGCCGAUUUUCUCCAGCCCGCCACGGGGAUCAGGACGAACUGGUAACCCCGGGAGCUGUUUGAUGGACUCAUUUCUCAAGCCCAAAACCGGGUGGCUCAGACACUUGAUUGAUCUAAGAACAUGAAUAGAGAGAAGGAGGGGGCCUCGUUUAGUACACUCAGAAUUUAUGAUGAACCAGAGGAGUGGAGGAACGUGCUAGAAAGCUCUGGCAUUUCCUCCCAGCAUGAGCACCAAGCACAGUCCCAAGCAGAGGGGGAGUAUGGGAUGCCUCAGCAGCCCCCGGCUCCCCAGACGUCGCAUGGCCCGCUUUAUCAGGAGACGAGCUCUGGGGCCCCACAACAGUGGGUCCUCCAGCCUCUGGACAGAUCUGAGCUCCAGGCCAGCUGGCUUUCUGAGGCGGAGCCAGAAGUAGCAGCAGAACUGGAUCGCAGCUUCCUGCCAGGACCCGAGUGUGGCCAGCCUUGCCCCUCGCCACCUCCCAGUGAAGAAGUCUGGUCAUUCCUCAGGGCAAUUCCUCCCGUUCCUGAUGAAGUGGUGGUCAGGCAGAGAGCCCCACGGGAGUCCUGGAAGGUUGGCAAUGUCCGCCAUGGAAAGAAGGUCUACGCCAUUGCCAUCAGCGGCUCGACUCACCACGUGUACACGUGUGGGCAUGGCUACAUUAAGGUGUGGGACGAGAGCGCUCUGCAUGCCUGCAACAAAGCCCCACAGGCCCAGCUGGACUUCCAGGACCAUCAGAGCCGUGUCCUCGCCUGCAAGCUGCUGCCUGAUGAGCAGAGCCUGAUCACUGGGGGUCUGUCCCGGAACCUGACUCUUUGGGAUCUGGCACCCACGCCUCGAGUCAGGGCACAGCUGGCCUCCACAGGCCCCAUGUGCUAUUCCCUGGCUCUCUCCUCCAAUGCCCAGAUCUGCUUGGCUUGUUUCAAAGGAUUUGUUGAGAUUUGGGACUUGCAGAACCAAAUCUUGAUCAGGAAGCACGAAGUCCCUGAAUACGGAUCCCGAUGCGUGGACAUCGCAGGCAAUAAGUUCUGGACAGGAGGUGAAGACGCCAGCCUGUAUUCCUGGGAUCUGAGGAACUACCAGAGGGUGCAGGAGCACCAUUUCCGGCAUGAGAUCCUCAGCAUUACCCAUGACCCCAGUGAAGAGUGGGUGCUAGUAGGCUUGAGAAACAGUGACAUCAUAAUCCUACACACGCACCGGAGGGAGAAGUUGAAGAUUUUCUUUAACAAAUACAUCCACCGCCACAACCUCAAGUUUUCCUCCUGUGGGAGCUAUUUUGUGACCACGCUGGAUGAAUCGAUCCAUUGCUUAGCCGUACCUUCUCUACAAAGGCAGAGGAGUCUACAGAUAUCCUGUGUUGUGAUGUGUCCUCUGACAACCAGUAUCUGGUCACAGGCUCCAAGAACAGUGCCACCGUUUACCAGCUCUUGUAUUGAAGGUUGGCAUGCUGUGAUCCUGCUGGCGAAGACCCAGGGAAGGUCAGCAGGUAGAGCAGAUGACCACUUCCAUGCCCUGGAUACCUCCACCUUAACCCUCGAUGGACCGUCAUCUGUCCAUUCCCCCCACCCCUGGCACACGCUCAGCCUGUGCUCUCAGGUUUUUAUGAGAUGGCUUAGGGGUUUUUCCUUUGUUAUUUUUCUACCACUGAUUUCUGGGUUUGGGUGGGGAAACCUGACUUUAUAACUAACAAAAUAGAAAAGCAAAAACCAAAAUGGC